UACUCAGAUCAGAGCCGUCAGAGCUUUGUACGUCCGCAGCGUUCAUACACCAACACAGAGCGCUUGAGAAAAUGGCCGCUGCUACGGUGACGACUCUGCCUGCUGUGCCUCCGACCGGGGAACAAGCGAGGGAGAAAUGUCUGGAAGAUUACCGAAAGAAGUUGACGGAACACAAGGAGAUCGAGAGCAGGCUCAAAGAAAUGCGGGAGCAGCUCAAGGAGCUGAACAAGCAGUAUGAGAAAUCUGAGAACGACCUCAAGGCCCUGCAGAGUGUGGGGCAGAUUGUGGGCGAGGUGCUCAAGCAGCUCACGGAAGAAAAGUUCAUUGUGAAGGCCACGAACGGUCCGAGGUACGUCGUGGGCUGCAGGCGCCAGCUGGACAAGGCCAAGCUCAAGUCGGGGACGCGGGUGGCCCUGGACAUGACCACUCUCACCAUCAUGAGGUACCUGCCGCGGGAGGUGGACCCCCUGGUGUACAACAUGUCGCACGAGGACCCCGGCAACAUCUCAUACUCCAUGAUUGGAGGACUCGGGGAGCAGAUCAGGGAGCUACGAGAGGUGAUCGAACUACCGCUGCUGAAUCCCGAGCUGUUCCAGCGAGUGGGCAUCACCCCUCCCAAAGGCUGCCUCUUGUACGGACCCCCGGGUACCGGCAAGACCCUGCUGGCACGUGCCGUCGCCACUCAGAUCGACGCCAACUUCCUCAAGGUGGUCUCGAGCGCCAUUGUGGACAAGUACAUCGGCGAGAGUGCCAGGCUCAUCCGGGAGAUGUUCAACUACGCCCGCGACCACCAGCCCUGCGUCAUCUUCAUGGACGAGAUCGACGCCAUCGGGGGCCGCCGAUUUUCCGAAGGCACGUCUGCGGACAGGGAAAUUCAGAGGACGCUGAUGGAGCUGCUGAACCAGAUGGAUGGCUUCGACUCCUUGGGCCAAGUGAAAAUCAUCAUGGCCACCAACCGGCCAGAUACCCUCGACCCUGCCCUGCUGCGUCCAGGUCGCCUCGACCGCAAGAUCGAGAUCCCACUGCCAAACGAACAGGCGAGACUGGACAUUGUGAAGAUCCACGCGGCGCCCAUCACAAAGCACGGCGAAGUCGACUGGGAGGCUGUGGUGAAACUCUCGGACGGAUUCAACGGUGCCGACUUGCGCAACGUCUGCACCGAAGCCGGCAUGUUCGCCAUCAGAGCCGACCGGGAGUAUGUGAUAGAGGAGGACUUCAUGAAGGCGGUGCGCAAAGUGGCAGACAACAAGAAGCUCGAGUCCAAGUUGGACUACAAGCCCGUCUGAAGCCCCCAAAUCUUCCAACCAGCCUAUAGAUUCAACAGCGGAAAUAAACGGUUUCUCCAA